AUGAUCAACGGGACAAUGUCGCGACCAUCAUCAAAUGCUGCAGGAACUCGGGGAGCUCUGCGCGCUUUAUAUAUGUCUGACCGUGUCCGCCGGCCUCGACUACAGGGGCCGCAUCCUCGUUAUGCUCCUUCUAUGUCAAGGACGAGGCGGUUCCGAGUCGGGUUGAGCUCCCGUCUCGGGUCCCCGGCCUUCGGGGCGGGAAAGUGGGCUUUGCGCGGCCGGGCCCCACCCCAGACUCCCCACAGUGGAUUUGCAGGAGCUGAACGGGGUGAGGCCAUGCCCCAGAUUCCGCGUUCCCACCUUCUCCCUCUUUUCCCGCCGCCUUGGUUCCUUGAGAGAGCCGCUUCGCCACAAGACACUGCGCCGUGGAAGGCACAGGCAGGAAGUCGUCCCCGCAAUGCAGCCCGAUGCGCCAUCGUAGAGACACGAGGCAUCUCCAUCGUCUAG